GAGAGAGGGAGAGAGAAAUUAAAUGUGGUGGUUUGGAUAACUGGGGCAAGGUAACUUGACAGGAUAGAACACAUCGAAGGGAAGGGAGCCCCUGGUUGCUCUCUCAACUCUUUCUCACUUAAAGGAACACUUACAAAGUGAUGCAGAAGCCUCUCAUCCAGGAUUUGGCACUGCAAUCGGUCUGUUGUUCUACAACUACCCAACACAACCCCACAAGUCUGAACCCCUCUACGCUACACACACCUGUUAUUGGUUACCAGAGGAAGCUUAAAGCCUAAUCUCUGCACCUGUAACAAAACAUGAGGGUACGGGUGUUCUCACGGGCACAUAUACUACAGGAAUUCCAUCUGCGCUGUCAAUCACUCGCUGCCAAGGACAACAGUGGUUUCUGGCAGAAGUUUGAGGAGCUGAAUGAUGUUGGUAAAGAGUUCACUACCAGGGCUGGAAAUCUGGAGGCCAACAGAGAGAAGAACAGAUACCCCUACAUACUGCCUUAUGACCACAGUCGAGUGAGGCUGUCCCUGCUAGACUCCCAGCUACACUCAGAUUAUAUCAACGCUAGUUAUGUCCCUGGUGGAUGUACGGAGCGAGACUUCAUCUGUACCCAGGGUCCUUUGCACAGCACCAUCGCUGACUUCUGGAGGAUGGUGUGGGAGCAGAACGUUAGGAUCAUUGUCAUGGUGACCGCCUUGAAACAGAAGGACAUGGUGCUGUGUGAUGAGUACUGGCCAAUGGAGCAAGGGACGGUGUCGUACGGAGUGGUCCAGGUUACCACAGUGUCUCGUAAACGGCGUCCAGAUUAUUUCAUCACCACCAUUCACUUACGACAGCACGGUUUUCCCGUAGAGAGGACAGUAACACACUACUACUACGCUGCCUGGCCAGACCAGGGUGUACCCAACAACCUCUCCUCUCUCUGUGCUUUCACUGAGCAUGUGAGGCAGCAUCUGGACACUCUACCCCUUCUGGGGCCUGCAGUGGUGCACUGCAGUGCAGGUGUGGGGCGGUCUGGGACGUUUGUUGCUCUGCUGUGGCUGAUGCAGUUGUGUGUGCGUGGCAUCAUGCCUGAUGUUAGAGCAGCCGUGGAGGACCUGAGACGGCACAGAGUCAUGAUGGUCCAGAACCUGGAGCAGUAUAUACUGGUUCAUCAGUGUCUAAUGCACUGGCUGAGUGGAGGGAGUGUGGGACCUCUAAGCAGAGUACAGAGUCAUGCUGGCCCUGCUCAUGUUGAUCGGGGGCAGGAUCACCCCCUCACCUCCUCAGGGCGAUCAGGUCAGGGAAACCCGCCGAGAGGGAGUCGCAGGCGGCAACAGGAACAUCACACACCCCAUCCAGUCCAAACCCAACCACAAACCCAGAGCUCCGUGCAACAGCUGCUCAACCCUAGGAACUUGCUAAGAAGACUGCUGCCCCCCUCUAUGCAUAUUAAUCCACAAAAACAUACUUGAGGACUAAUCGCAAAUGCAGACACACCCAACACCUUAAUCCGCAUUUACACACCAAUCUAUAGCCACACCCUCAUCUUCACUCAGUCACACACCUGGAGGGGCUAACUGCGUCUGAACAAACAAUAGUACACACACCUGUAUCUACAAGUGAAACCACACAUCCAAACUUUGCCAAGUGGGAAUGGGCUGAUUUAUUCCUCUCCAACACACCUGGGGUUGAGGGAAGAUGUCCCGACCUAGGGACUACUGUACGUUGUGUGUCCCCUUCCCACACCUGAGUGGGAAGGGGACUUGCCCUAUGAGAUGACUGUGUGUGUGUGUGACAAAAGACAGACAAAGGAGGCAGCCGCAACAAUGGAUCCAUCUACUUCCUGGAUCAGUCCGACAGACAUACGGAGAGGAACAUGCCUCUCCGGUUGAACCUGUUCCUCCAGACUGGAUUUACCAACCAUGAAGAACUAAGGCCUGAGGUAAUGGGGGAGAUAUGUACUUGAUCACAAAUGGUGCUGAGACGCACAUCUAUUCUCAUGAAUGUCUGACUGCAAAACCAAGAUUGUCCCUAUGUAUAAGGUUGCAGCAAUGUUGAAAAGCAUUUAAAAAGCAUAGUAGUGUGCUGGAACAAGAUUUGUAUGUUGAUGUACAACAUUGUUUUAUGUGUCUCUGACUGCUUGUUAAUCUUCCCGGUGAAAAACAGCCUCUACCACAAUUUAGACCCUUGAUUUACAUUAGGAAAAUUAUAUGAAAAACAUUUAACUACUUUGUGCAGAAACUAAGCACUAUUGUUCACGUUAUCUCCAGAGAAAAACACAAACACGUGGUGAGUCACUGCACAAAAAAGGUCAUAUUUGAAAAUCGCAGAGGCACUGUCAUUCUCCAUAAGGCUCUGAAAGCACUUACAUAACAUAAAGUAGACCUUGAAAUAUAGAAAACCCAGUUUUCAAACCCAGUUUGGGUUUCUUUGCUCAGGCCACUGUAAUUAGAGCCAGGAGUUAUCAGACCCUAUAUCCUGGCCAGGGAAAACUCCUGGUUCUAUGAUGUAUAAUACACAUGCUACCAAGUGCACUAUUUUAUCAAGUACUAUUAAUGCUGUUAGACUCCCUCAUACAGUAGCUGCAGGCUGUGAUGCACUGUGUUGAGGUCAGAGAAUAACAAAGACCUCUAGUGACUAACAGGCUGUAUUAGCAUAGGCAGAAUCAUUGAGAGCUUCCACCAUUUUAAUGUAGUCAACUGGGUGGGACCUCCAACUUCAUUGGCUGUUGACUCUGUUGGAGUCAUGUCCAACCCAGUCAUCAGGAGGGAUCAGCCAAUCGUAAAGAAGAAAAUGUACUAUUUCAGAAUGGAGAUUGCCAUAAUGGCACAGAUGCAAAGAGGAGUCCUCCAUCUUGCUCUAUGGUUGAGGUCCAUGUAAGAAAGUGGUUUAAUAGUCAACAAUGACUAAGCCUGGGUCACAUUCAGAAGCCCACAACGUAGCAAAACCUUUAACAGAAAGAAAAAGUCUGUUCUUAUGACAAGUUUAUGUGGAACACUUUCAUUCACUGCCUGCCAUAAUCCAUUAGGGACCACAACAGCCCGAGCACCAUUCAGUCAGUUCACUGUGCCUCCAGACAGUUCAGUAAGGUCACCACAGGUCUGUUCAGUCCAGUAUCACACAGAGACGGAGCGGAAAACAAAGAGUAAAGCCCAUCAUAGUUAUGAACUUGCAGGUGAGUCCAUAUAUACACACACCUGUUCACGGCUAGGCAACAAUGAGAUCAGGAAAACUAUUAAGAAAGAGGAAAUGCAACAAAGAGGGGUACUCAUGACAAAGAAGCAACAGUGUCUAGUUAACACCAGCAACAUAAAAAAAUAUACAUGUAUUUUACAGAAUAAAACAGGAGAAAUGCAUAUAUCCCUCAGUCUGUUGGUGAACAGAAAAUAACAAUUACAACAGCAAUGCUUAAAUGAAAAAAAAACAUUUGAGAAAAGAUUUCACAGGUUAGUUUUUCAUAAUGAAUCUUGUUCUGAAUGCAGCUCUGCAGUGGUUACUAGCUGGCACAACCACAAAGGCAUAACAUCUGAUUUUAAAUCUAACCCCAACAGUCAAAUUAAGACCCAAAAAAUAUAAAUGUUAUGACAAUAUAGCCAAUUUUGACUGUAGCUGGCCUAUCUAAGGGGAAAUCACAGUUAACCUACAGGACAAGACUCAUGACACAUUAACCUGCAACUACUUCCUUUGGCAAAAAUAUUUGAUGGAAAGGUUGUAUCUAAGGCUGAGUUUACAAAGGCAGCCCUAUUCUGAUGUUCUGCCCAAUAAUUGGGCAAAAAAAAAACUAUUGGUAAAAAGAAAAAUGUAUAUAUAGAAUCUAAUUGGGCUGUCUGUGUAAACGCAACCUAAGGCUUGCAAGCGGUAUUCUCUGUAUGGAUGAAAGUUAAGUAUGCAUCUUGGGAUGUGCAGUGUACAAAACUUUAGGAACACCUGCUCUUUCCAUGACAGACGGACCAGGUGAACCCAGGUGACAGCUAGGAUCCCGUAUUGAUGUCACCUGUUACAUCCACUUCAAAUCAGUGUAGAAAGAUAGACAGGUUAAAGAAGGAUUUAUAAGCCUUAAGACAUGGAUUGUGUAUGUGUGCCAUUCAGAGGGUCAAUGGGCAAAACAACAGAUUUAAGUGCCUUUGAACAGUGUAGGGCAGUAUGGUGCCAGGCACAUUAGUUUGAAUGUGUCAAGAUCUGCAACGCUGCUGAGUUUUUCCAUGCUCAACAGUUACCCGUGUUUAUCAAGGAAAUCCAGCCAACUUGACAAAAUAAUGGGAAGCAUUGGAGUCAACAUGGGCCAGCAUCCCUGUGGAAUGCAACUCAAUAUUAGGAAGGUGUUGCUAAUGUUUUGUACACUGCAUGCGCUAUACACUAGUACUUCCCAACCCUCUUCUCAGAGACCACCAGAUGUUUCAACUUUUGGUUUUAGCCAGAAACUGGUACAACUGAUUCAACUAGUCAAGGGGUUGAUGAUUAGCAGACUAAUUGAAUCAGGUGUGCCAGUUUAAGGCUACAACAAAAAUCUGACACAUCUGUUUGUCCCCAAGGAGAGGGUUGGGAAAUCCUGCUAUACACAGACAAUCAACAUAUACAUUUAAAUGCCCACACCAAUAGAAAUCCACUUUUUCAGGGUGAAAGACAAUUGCCAGAGCUUACCCAUGAUGUUGCACAACAAUGUGAAUCAAUAAAUCAUCGUUUUAGUCAAA